AUGCUCGCUACUUCGCCACCAUCGGCAUCAACGCCCAAGAGGCCCGUGGUCUCUUCAACUUGCUGGAUGCGGAUGACUCAGGUAGCAUUAGCGUGCAGGAGUUCAUCCAGGGCUGCUUGCGGCUGCGGGGCCAAGCGAAGGCCAUCGAUAUGGCGACCCUAA